AUGUCUCCCCCUUUCCGUGCUGAACAAGUCGGGUCUCUCAUCCGGCCCGCUUCCCUCUUAGAGAAGCGUGCCUCCCUAGGCUUCUACUCGGACGAGUUAUCACAAGAGCAAGCCGCAGCAACAUCUGCUGCCAUCGCCCAUGCAGCGAAGAAGCAGCUGGACCUCUCGAUUCGGCCCAUCACCUCUGGUGAAUAUGAACGCACCAUCUUCUUUGACGGGUUUUUCGAAAACCUCAAAGGCAUGGAAGUGCGCCCAGACCUUAGAAUUCCUCAAGACUUUCGCCCCGGUCUACCCAACAUCACCGGCCUCGCCAAGAUGGGGCUGAAUCACUUUGCCGCCGUUAUCGCCACUGGCAAGAUCCAGCAUGUCGCUUCGGCUUACCUGCCAGCUUGGGAAAUGAUAAAGAAGGCCGUGCCUCAGGAACACUGGAAAGACUGUAAAAUGGCUAUUCCAUCCAUCUCCUGGCAACACAUGUACCUUGCCAAAGGCCGGGCAUUCGCGCCCGGGGUGUACGCUUCGGACCGAGAGUACUUUCUCGAUUUGGCUUCGGCCUACCGUGCUGAGCUCAGGGUAUUAUAUGAUUCGGGCCUGAGAUCGGUUCAGAUCGAUGACCCUAACCUGGCUUUCUUCAUUGUGGAGGAGUUUCGGGAAGGUCUACGAGCCGAUGGCAUCGGCCCUGAGUCCUUGCUUGAUCUCUACAUCUGGGCACACAACGAGUGCCUAAGGGAUCUUCAGUCAGACCUGCACGUUGGCAUCCACCUUUGCCGUGGAAACAUGCCCAACAGUCCUUCAUUUGCUCAAGGAUCGUAUGAAAAGAUUGCAAGUCAGGUGUUUCCCAAGCUAAACUACGCCACGUUCUAUCUGGAGUUUGAUGACCCUCGUAUCUCUGGUUCUUUUGAACCUCUAAGAUUCAUUCCUCAGGGGAAAAACGUGGUGCUGGGUCUUGUCUCAACAAAGACCGCCGAGCUUGAGGACAAGGAGGCUCUUAUAAAACGAGUCCAUGAGGCCGCUGAGAUCAUGGCUCAGGGGCAAAAAAGGAGUGCAGCAGAAGUUCUUGAAGACUCGCUUGCGGUGAGCCCUCAGUGUGGUUUUGCCAGUCACAACAUCAACAAGGGUGUGGCGACUGAGGAGAGAAUGUGGGAGAAGUUGGUUCUUGUGCGAGAUGUAGCGAGAGCUCUAUGGAGUGAUGCGGCGUGA